GCCCUGGUGCUGGCGCUGCUGGGCACGCUGCCCGCGGGCACCAGGGCGCAGCCCUACCACGGCGAGAAGGGUAUCUCGGUGCCGGACCACGGCUUCUGCCAGCCCAUCUCUAUCCCGCUGUGCACGGACAUCGCCUACAACCAGACCAUCCUGCCCAACCUGCUGGGCCACACGAACCAGGAGGACGCGGGCCUCGAGGUGCACCAGUUCUACCCUCUGGUGAAGGUGCAGUGUUCGCCUGAACUGCGCUUCUUCCUUUGCUCCAUGUACGCGCCCGUGUGCACCGUGCUGGACCAGGCCAUCCCACCGUGCCGCUCCUUGUGUGAGCGGGCCCGCCAGGGCUGCGAGGCGCUCAUGAACAAGUUCGGUUUCCAGUGGCCGGAGCGGCUGCGCUGCGAGAACUUCCCAGUGCACGGCGCCGGCGAGAUCUGCGUGGGUCAGAACACGUCCGACGGCUCGGGGGGCCCGGGCGGCGGCCCCACCGCCUACCCCACUGCACCCUACCUGCCGGACCUGCCGUUCACCGCUCUGCCCCCGGGGGCCGCGGAUGGCAGGGGCCGCUCUGGUUUCCCCUUCUCUUGCCCCCGCCAGCUCAAGGUUCCCCCCUAUUUGGGCUACCGCUUUCUGGGAGAGCGCGAUUGCGGUGCCCCGUGUGAGCCGGGCCGAGCCAACGGCCUCAUGUACUUCAAGGAGGAGGAGAGGCGCUUCGCCCGCCUCUGGGUGGGCGUGUGGUCCGUGCUGUGCUGUGCCUCCACGCUCUUCACCGUGCUCACGUACCUCGUGGACAUGCGGCGCUUCAGCUACCCAGAGCGACCCAUCAUCUUCCUGUCGGGCUGUUACUUCAUGGUGGCCGUGGCGCACGUGGCGGGCUUCCUGCUAGAGGACCGCGCAGUGUGUGUGGAGCGCUUCUCGGACGACGGCUACCGCACGGUGGCGCAGGGCACCAAAAAGGAGGGCUGCACCAUUCUCUUCAUGGUGCUGUAUUUCUUCGGCAUGGCCAGCUCCAUCUGGUGGGUCAUCCUGUCUCUCACUUGGUUCCUGGCCGCGGGCAUGAAGUGGGGACACGAGGCCAUCGAGGCCAACUCGCAGUACUUCCACCUGGCCGCGUGGGCCGUGCCCGCGGUCAAGACCAUCACCAUCCUGGCCAUGGGCCAGGUUGACGGGGACCUGCUCAGCGGGGUGUGUUACGUGGGCCUGUCGAGCGUGGAUGCACUGCGAGGCUUCGUGCUGGCACCGCUCUUCGUGUACCUGUUCAUCGGCACGUCCUUCCUGCUGGCCGGCUUUGUGUCGCUCUUCCGAAUCCGCACCAUCAUGAAGCACGAUGGCACCAAGACGGAGAAGCUGGAGAAACUCAUGGUGCGCAUUGGCGUGUUCAGCGUGCUCUACACGGUGCCGGCCACCAUCGUGCUGGCCUGCUACUUCUACGAGCAGGCCUUCCGCGAGCACUGGGAGCGCACCUGGCUGCUGCAGACUUGCAAGAGUUAUGCCGUGCCCUGCCCACCGGGCCACUUCCCCCCCAUGAGCCCCGACUUCACGGUCUUCAUGAUCAAGUACCUGAUGACCAUGAUUGUGGGCAUCACCACUGGCUUCUGGAUCUGGUCAGGCAAGACCCUGCAGUCGUGGCGUCGCUUCUACCACAGACUCAGCCAUAGCAGCAAGGGGGAGACUGCGGUAUGAGCCCUGGCGCAUCCCCCACCUUUCCACCCUCUCCCGGGGCAAGAGGAGACUCAGGAGAGGAGGAUCUGCUAGGUGGGAGCUUACGUCCUAACUCUAGG